AUGCGCUCCAGGCUCUUCUCCCUCUUCCGACCAGCCGCGCUCGGCGGCUGCGCGCUCGCUGCCCAGUCCUCCCUCUCCGAGAACUUCCUCUUUCGCCGCGAAUGCAAAGACGAGACGUCGAACCAGGAAUCAGGACUCUGCACGGGCGACGCCUCAGAUUACGAGCUGCGGCAGAGGCUCGGCGAGGGCACCUUCGCGGAGGUGCGACUAGCGACUCACGUUCGCACUGGCGAGCAGCUUGCAUGCAAGCUGGUGCGUAAGAAAGGCACGUGCCGCAAGGAGCUCGAGCACGAGGUUGCAGUGCUGCAGGCUGUCGGUCAGCACAAGCACAUCGUUUGCCUUCGAGACACCUUUGACACGGAGGACGCGUGGGCCCUCGUGCUCGAGCUCGUCUCCGGAGGCGAGGUCUUCGAUCGGGUCGUCGAGACGGGCCACUUCUCGGAGAGGGACGCGGCGGCCAUUGUGCGGCAGGUCGCCUCCGCGCUGAUGCACAUCCACCGCCGCGGCAUCGUGCACCGCGACCUCAAGCCAGAGAACCUGCUGCUGGUGAGCGGCGAGCACGACGCCGACGUCAAGCUCUGCGACUUUGGACUGAGCGUCUUCACCGGAGAGGGAGCGCCGCCGCUGCGGGGCGUGGUCGGGACCAUCGCGUACAUGUCGCCCGAGCAGCUUCGCGGCGACGAGUUUGGCUCCGAGGCCGCCGUGGACCUGUGGGCGCUCGGCGUGAUCCUGCACCUCUCCUCCUCGUACCUCCUCCUCGUCGGGUACCACCCCUUCGACCCGGCCGGCAUGGCGGACGACCUCGCGCUGAGCCGCGCCAUCCUCGCCCACAAGUACGACGGCUGCAGCAGCACGGAGUGGGCCUCCGUCUCCCCCGAGGCGCGGGCCGUCGUCCGGCUCCUCCUCGCCCCCGACCCGCGCGAGCGGGCCACCGUGCGGCAGCUGCUCGCCUCGCCGUGGGUGGGCGCCGACGCGGCCUCCUCCUCGGCCGCCACCGAGCCCCUCCCCGUCGGCGAGCGGCUGCGCGGCUUCAACGAGGCGCGAAAGACUUGGCGCACCGCCAUCCGCGCGGCGGCGCUGAUCGGCCGUGCGCCGAGCCGAGGGACGGCGCACGGCGCGGAGAGCCUCCCGCACGGAGCCCUCGAGGAGCUGCAGGCCGCCUUCGCCGCCUACGACACGGACGGCUCGGGCACCAUCGAGGCGGACGAGCUGCGCACGGCGAUGCUCUCGCUCGGCGUGGGGGAGAGCGCGGCGGCGGAGCGGACGCUGCAGGCGACGGGCCACCGAACGGGCGACGGCCUCGUGAUCAGCUUCGACGAUUUCGUCGCCGCGGUCGGGCCUGUGUACGAGCACUCGCGCGUCGCGCUGCGGCGCGCUUUCGACAUCUUCGACGCCGACCGCAGCGGCGGCAUCGACAAGGCGGAGCUGCGCUCCUUCCUCUCGAAGCUGCGGAUGCUGCCCGCCGACGAGGCCGAGGGCGAGGCGGCCGUCGAGGCGAUGUGGGCGCAGGCCGACGUGAACCACGACGGCUCCAUCAGCUUUGACGAAUUUAGCCGCCUGUUCCACGACUACCGGUACAACUCGGUCUCGGAGGCGCGCUGAGAUGGAGGAGCCGCCGCCUGGUCACCUCCUCUGUACAUGUCACAUGUAACGUUUAUGGGGAUGUCCUGCUGUGGGAAGGACUGAGCACCGGCCACCGGCCAUCGCGCCGACAGUUGACAGCAAAAACUGCAAACUUAGGGGAACAAAACAUGAAACCUC